AUGUAUUCGGUCUUGGUACUAUUUAAUAUAUCUAUUAGGCAAUACCAAGAGGUCUUUGUUAAUAAUACGCAGUUUACGCCUUCCGUGCUGCUGACACGGUGUGUGUUCUUUUGGUUCCGCUCAGACCACGAAUAUCCUGCAAAGAAUUAUAAGCAUACUUCUUGUUAUAUUUGUCCUUUCUAUACACAUUUUACUAUAUCUCCUUACCGUUGGAUAGACCCGAGCAUUAUCACAGUAAUUCGUCUCUAUCUCUCUAUAUAUUUGCCUUCUGAACUCGCUGGCAACUAUAUUUUCAUUUAUUAUUUUUCUGACAAAGUUGCACCACACCAACGCAACACUUGUCAGUGCGCCAUCCCCUUUUUUUCAUACAAAAAUCGAUACAAUUCCCUAUUUCCUGUUAUCCCUCCUCUUCCUCCUGGUUUCCUUUUGGUGGUCCUUGGUUUCCGACACGCGUCCAUUUCACUGCGGUCACAGAGAGGUUCUUCACGUCAAGUUCAUGUAUCAGUGUCCAGUGUCCAGUGUCUAGUCCCGUUUUGCUUUCGAGCACAAUGUCCAGUGUCCCGUUUCCAGCCCCGUUUUGCUUUUGAGCACCAGUACUUUUUAAGCCCUUUGCGAUUAUCGGUUAGACGCCUUGUUUAUAGGGCUUGUCUUAAUAUGAGUUUCUGGUUUUUUAUUGGAAGCAUUGCGCUCUUUGGGUGGUCUGCCUAUUGA